AUGAACCGCCGUCCUCCUGGAUCCUCCGGCGUGCAAUGGCUUAACAGGAGAGACAUGAGUGUCCGGACGGAGGACAGCAUCACCUUGUGCCAAAGGGCUCUCCAGAUCAUCACGGAACUUUGUCUCACGGGACACGUCGACCGGGAGAAAUGUGCGGAUAUAUUUCCACUGGAGAGCACCUUACCAGGUAAAGGACACGCAGACAUCUCUAUUAGUCUCCUUGCUGUGGUCGUGGGUUUCUGUGGCCUCGCCUUGUUGGUAGUCUCUCUCUUUGUCUUUUGGAAGCUGUGCUGGCCCUUCUGGAGGAGCAAGACUCUGACAACCCACGCUGAAAAUGGCCUCCGUGUGGGUUUCCCCGAAGUCCCGCAGACGACCUCCCCUCUGGUUAAUGAAAGCAAAGCGUUGGAGGCGGAGAAGAAGUACCCGCUGGAGGUGAAGAUGAACGGGCGCAGCUCUGUGAAGCUCCUGGAGGCAGCCAUGAAGAUCAGCCAGACAUCUCCGGACAUCCCCGCUGAGGUGCAAACAGCUCUGAGGGAGAAGUUGAGCCAGCAGGCAAAGAUCCAGAGGCAGACCACGGAGCCAACGUCCUCCUCCAGGCACAAUUCAUUCAGGCGCCACCUGCCUCGUCAGAUGAAUGUCAACAGCUUUGACUUCAGCAUGGACACAGUGCCUCUUCGCCAGUCAUCUACAGUGAGCAUUGGAAGAAUAAAACCAGAACUCUACAAACAGAAAUCUGUGGACUCUGAAGGCGAAGCCAAAGAACCCAUAGAGACUUGCGGGAAGCUCAGCUUCUCUCUGCGUUACGACUACGAGGAACAGUCGUUGGUGGUGAGAAUCCUCAAGGCCUUGGACCUACCUGCCAAAGACUUCACGGGCACCUCCGACCCGUAUGUGAAGAUCUACCUGCUACCAGAGAGGAAGAAGAAGUUCCAGACACGAGUCCACCGUAAGAAUCUCAACCCGGUGUUUGAUGAGACUUUCUGUUUCCCCGUGGCGUACGAUGAGGUUUGCAACCGCAAGCUGCACUUCAGCGUCUACGACUUCGACCGCUUCACCAGCCAUGAUAUGAUUGGCGAGGUAGUCGUGGACAACCUCUUUGAACUCUCGGAUCUUUCCAGGGAGGCUGUGGUCUGGAAGGAUAUUCUUGCAGCAACAACGGAGAGCGUUGACCUGGGAGAGAUCAUGUACUCGUUGUGCUACCUCCCCACAGCGGGACGAAUGACCCUAACAGUCAUCAAAUGCAGAAACCUCAAAGCCAUGGACAUCACAGGCUCUUCAGAUCCUUAUGUGAAGGUUUACCUGAUAUGUGAUGGACGGAGGUUGAAGAAGCGGAAAACAACCACCAAGAAAAGCACUCUUAACCCAGUGUACAACGAGGCCAUCAUCUUUGACAUUCCUCCGGAGAACGUGGAACAAGUCAGUCUGUCCAUCAUGGUGAUGGAUUAUGACCGGGUUGGACACAACGAGGUGAUUGGUGUGUGUCGUACUGGGCCAGACGCCGAGGGUCUUGGACGGGAUCACUGGAAUGAAAUGUUGGCUUAUCCGCGCAAACCCAUCACACACUGGCAUGCUCUCGGAGAGUGGCCAGGACGAGCAGCAAGCUUUGAGAGUCAAGGAUCGUGUCCAUCGCCAAAACCUCCUCAGACGCCCUGAUGGUCACCCCGCCUCUGUAGGAAACCAGAGGUCUGGUUAGAGUUCUUAAGGAGCUGUGCUGCCUCCUUGUGAGCAUGUUGUAUUAAAACUCAUUCAUUUCUUAUGUAUGUUGUUGUACUGAAAUUGUUUUUAUUCAUUCAUAUGAACUCAAGUUCUCCUGGCUAUGCACAGCACUCAGUGUCACUCAGUUUAUUUUUCAUGCAAUUGCUUUGAAACUCUGAGAAAAGCUGAUCUGUCAAACAUUUACACCAACUAAAGGACGAACUCACAGCAGGAGCCCCUACUGCCUCAAGACUUUCCCUAAUGACACUCUAGUGAGAUAACAUUUUACUUUUUGAUCGUUAGAAGGGCUACUUAGCUCACCGUCAAAAAUAAACUAAUAGAAAACAGCCACUAAAUCUGGUGAUUUUAAGCAGGUUUUGAUGAAAUGCAGGUAACCGUAUCUAUAAGGGCUGGUUAAAUAUCUUUAAAUUUAGCUGUGAAAACUGUCUGAAAUGUAAAACUAGCUAUGUACCAGCCAUUGUUACAUACUGACAUCAGGAAAGCCAGUAGGACCAUCCGAUUCAGAGAAACUGUAGCAGAUACAUGUAGCAAAUGUACAGAUAUAAAGGUAAAUAUCAUGUAAUGUAGUUAAUGGCUAAAUAAAUGUGAUGCCAAACACCCUGCAAAUCUUAGAAAACAAAAAUUUUAUACAUAUUUUUGUACAACUCUAACUUGAGUGCAUAACUGCAAUUUAAAUUAGCAGCGAUGUUAAAUUAGGCUAGCUCAUAUUAUAAAAAUAGCUAAACCACUGUUUACACUUUGCCCUUUUUAUAGCUAAAAUGCUCAAAACUGAAGUUUACAUUAAAUUUUGAUUAAAAAGUUGUCAUAUUCAGGUGAAUUUACUAAUUUAAUCAGAAAAUGUCUAUACAUUAGCCAAUGAUGGUCUUAAAAAUUAGCUUAGCAUAUAAACCCCAGAAGAUCUGUAAAGCUUUAUGUCUUCAAAAAAUUAAAGAGAGGAAAAAUAAGGUCAGCUUAACAUAUAAGC